CAGUAAUAACAAUACAGACGUCAAAAUGGAGGCCAACGAAGCAAAUUUUUUUGCCAGAAUAAUGUCUCAUUUCAACCAAGUUACUGAGUAUGAAGAACCACGUCUACAAGACUUAUAUCUUGCACGUAUUCCAGUUGUGGAACUACAUACUCGGGCUGAAGCAAUUCGUCUGGAGAAGUUAAGAACGAACGAGAAAAUGUCUUCCAAAGAUUGCCUUGUCUUGGCCCUUCUCGUGUGGUUCAAAUCUGAGUUUUUUCAUGGGUUCACACGUUCUUUGAGAUGCGAGAAAUGCAAUGAAGAUGGCGUAGGUAGCGGUGUAUGCGAGGCAACGCUGGAGGAAAGGAGAUGGGGUGCUAACAGGACAGAACUAUACCGAUGUCCAAGAUGCGCCAAAAUCAUGAGAUUUCCGCGUUACAAUGAUCCAGAAAAAUUGCUUGAGACUAGACGUGGUCGAUGUGGGGAGUGGGCAAAUGCAUUCACGAUGUGUUGUGUUGCGUUAGGCUUUAAAACUCGGUAUGUUGUCGACUGGACAGACCAUGUUUGGACUGAAGUGUUUUCCGAUACUCAAGAAAGAUGGCUUCACUGCGACCCCUGUGAGGGUGUAUGCGAUAAGCCAUUAUUGUAUGAGGCGGGAUGGAAUAAGCAGCUGACAUAUGUUAUUGCUUUUGCAAAAGACCAUAUAAUGGAUGUUACUUGGAGAUACUCCAAUAGGCAUGAUGAAGUAUUGAAACGCCGCAGAGAAUGUCGUGAAGAGUGGCUUGUUUUAACUAUCUCUAACUUCAAUAAAAGUUUUUUAGAUCAACUGUCUCCGGAAAUGAGACUAGUUGCUGAGGUACAAAAUAUCAAGGAAUUGGUUAGUUUCCUUACUCCGCAAAAGGAUGUCAGAGCUGAAGAGAGGCAAGGCCGUAUUUCUGGUGAUGUGGAGUGGCGGAGGGCUAGGGGAGAGCUGGGUAAUAGCCAAAAGGUUACUGGAACAUGUGGAUUUGUUUUUAAACCAAAUGAAGAAGAUAUUCAAAAAGGAAGAAUGCGAGUUCGUUACUCCACAGCAGCCAACAUAUACUACAGAUGUCAUGAUGACAUUAUACCACGGGAUGAUGAUAUCAAAGGGUGGGAGAAUGGAAUCAACUCGAUGACGUCAGUGGUACGAAAAGAGGAACAUGACUGGAAAAUGGUUUACCUGGCAAUGCAGGAGAGCCAAGAUUCGGGAGAAAUUACCUGGGUAAUUGAUGUCGGCGGUUUCGAGAUUGAUAUGAUAAUUGUUAAAGCGUCGUAUACUACGUUCAAAGAUGGUCAUGUUAAUAUGGUAAUUGGCGAAGAUAAGCAAGAAGGAAUGAGCGAAGCUUUAGAUGGAGUCCAUGAAAGAACCGUGAAGUUCAGUGGUCACCCAAAAGUCAAGCUCUCUGGGUUUUUGAGAUGUUCAAAUAGAGAAGAGAAUAGCUGGCAACAUUCACAGCUUUUCCGUCAAUCAUCGAGCAGUUUGAUGGAGUUCCCACUCGAUAUCAGGAUUGAAUUCAAGUCAAAAAAAUAAUUGUCUUGUGGGUUUUCUGAUUGGGAUGCCACCUUACCCGUGUACUUCCACUGUUAGCUAUAAAUCUAGUUUGUCCACGUCUUUUUUGACUUUCUCUUUCAUAUUGGGAGUUGGGCUUGAGAUUAUACAGCCGACUCUGUUUGAAAUCUCUUACUUAUUAAUCAUCAUGCUGUUGUAGUUAGCUCAACUCUUUGCAAAACUAAGUUGACGAGUUUCACGCGAUUUACUCAAUUGUAUUUUACAAUCACAGUUUUUCGCUUGAACAUUUUCCUACUAAGUCAUCAUUCCGGCUUUCUGCUGCGUUUCUCAUAUACAGAUGUCAGCAUAGGAAGGAAAAAAGGAAUGUCACUGAAAGCCAGUAAAGACUUCGGAAGCAAAGCUACAGUAAACGCACAUAUGCGUUUACUCACCAACAAAUAUGAAGAAUAAAUAAUUGCGUAAAUGACGCAACAAUAAAUUUUUAAACAAA